AUGCCUUCAUCUUUUCCUUUUUAUAAGGUUAACGGAGAUGGAGCUAUUUUUAAGGAUCAAAAAGAAGCUGGAGUGGAGGUUGUAAUUCGAGACCAUGUUGGAAAUUUUAUUGCAGGUCUUAGCAAGAAAUUUCAGUGUCCUCUCGGAGCUAUUGAAGUUGAAGCAAAGGCCUUUGAAUCUUGUUUGGAAUUUGCUAAAAAUAUGGAUAUUCAGGACUUUGUUCUAGAAGGAGAUUCACUUAAUAUUGUUCAUGCUCUUUGUGGAAAUUCUCAUGCUACUUCAAUGAUUACUACUUUGAUUUAUUGGGUGCAAGUUGCUUCCUAUGAGUUCCAGAAUGUUUUAUUUUCUCAUGUUCGUAGGAAUGGCAAUAUGCCUGCUCACCAAUGCACGUGGCCCAAUGGUUUGCAUGCUGGAGAUGUUAUUUCACUUGUUGAAACAGAGAUCACACUCAAAACCUCUUACUCCGAUACCAUGACAAAUUUUGUUAAGAGUAAUUUCUCAUUAACUUGA